ACUGUUCUUUUGCUCUCCUCUCACCAUCAAACUUAAUUACAGGUUCCUACUUCAACUUUCUCAUCCUAGUCUCCAAAUUUUAUAUAUAAACACCUGAUUGAAUAUAUCUAUAAGAUUAUAUAUCAAUGGAAUUCCAAGAACUUUUCACAGUGGUAGCAACCACUAUAGGCUUCAUCUCUCUUUGCAAAACCUCCAUCAAUUUUCUCAGAUGGGUUUGGGUCAUGUUUCUGAGACCCCCCAAGAAUCUCAAGGAGUAUGGAUCAUGGGCUCUCAUCACUGGCGCAGCUGAUGGAAUUGGCAGAGCCCUUGCCUUUAAAAUGGCUGCAAAGGGUCUUAACCUAGUGCUGCUUGAUCGAAACGCUUCAAAGCUUGAAGCUACCGCCAACGAAAUACAUGAAAGAUUUGGUGAACGAGUUGAGAUCAAGAAAAUUGUCAUGGACUUGGCCAAACUCAGUGGGGAGGAGAUAGCUAAAGCCAUAGAGGAGGAAAUAAAAGGGCUUGAUGUUGGUGUUUUGGUUAACAAUGCAGGAGUGGCUUACUCUUAUGGAAAGUUUUUUCAUGAGGUUGACGAUUUGGAGCUGAUGGAUAGCAUUAAGGUGAACAUGGAGGCUGCCACGUGGAUCACUUGGGUAGUGCUUCCAAGUAUGCUCAAGAAGAAGAAGGGAGCUAUUGUCAAUAUUGGCUCUGGCUCUGGUUCCUCUGCCAUCCCUUCUUUUCCUCUCUACACUAAUUAUGCUGCUUCCAAAGCGUACCUUUCAAUGUUCUCAAGAAGCAUAAGUUUGGAAUACAAGCAGCAUGGAAUUGACAUUCAGUGCCAGAUUCCUAUGUUCGUGUCGACAAGGUUGUCAAGGACCAAGGCGUAUCCCUUGUUCGUCCCAACGCCAGAGACGUAUAGCAAAGCAAGCAUACGAUGGAUUGGUUAUGAGCAUCAAUGUUCGCCCUACUGGGGCCAUUCUCUGCAGUGCCUCCUAACACAUCCAUUGCCCGACGUCGUAUUGAGUGCAUUCAUUUUUUGGUACUCUCAGAGGAUCAGAAAGAGAGGCCAAUUGAAAAACUUGCACAAGAACAAUAUGGCACCAUGAAAAUCCCUGUUGUAUGGAUAAUAUGUCAAUUGUCUUUCUUAGAUGCAUAAUAAUUAAUAUCGUUGUUUUAAAUAAA